GAGGUUGAUCUUUGCUGGAAAGCAACUUGAGGAUGGUCGUACCCUUGCUGACUACAAUAUUCAGAAGGAAUCCACUCUCCAUCUGGUGCUGAGGCUGAGGGGUGGUAUGCAAAUCUUUGUGAAAACCUUGACUGGGAAAACUAUUACUCUUGAAGUCGAGAGCUCGGACACCAUCGACAAUGUAAAGGCAAAGAUUCAAGAUAAGGAAGGGAUUCCACCUGACCAGCAGAGGCUUAUUUUUGCUGGGAAGCAGCUUGAAGAUGGAAGGACACUAGCUGAUUACAAUAUCCAGAAGGAAUCCACCCUCCAUCUGGUGCUGAGGCUGAGGGGUGGUAUGCAAAUCUUUGUGAAGACAUUAACAGGGAAAACCAUUACCCUUGAGGUUGAGAGCUCGGACACCAUCGACAAUGUCAAGGCUAAAAUUCAAGAUAAGGAAGGGAUCCCACCUGACCAGCAGAGGUUGAUUUUUGCUGGUAAACAGCUUGAGGAUGGAAGGACUUUAGCUGAUUAUAACAUCCAGAAGGAAUCAACCCUCCAUUUGGUGCUGCGCCUGAGGGGUGGUAUGCAGAUCUUUGUGAAGACAUUGACAGGGAAAACUAUCACCCUUGAGGUUGAGAGUUCCGACACCAUCGACAAUGUCAAGGCUAAAAUUCAAGAUAAGGAAGGGAUCCCACCUGACCAGCAGAGGUUGAUUUUUGCUGGGAAGCAACUUGAGGAUGGGAGGACUCUUGCUGAUUAUAACAUCCAGAAAGAGUCCACACUCCAUUUGGUGCUCCGAUUGAGAGGAGGGAUGCAGAUUUUUGUCAAGACUUUGACUGGGAAGACGAUCACCCUGGAGGUUGAUAGCUCGGAUACCAUUGACAAUGUGAAGGCAAAGAUUCAGGACAAGGAGGGUAUUCCACCAGACCAGCAGAGGCUGAUUUUUGCUGGUAAGCAGCUGGAGGAUGGUCGUACCCUUGCUGAUUAUAACAUUCAGAAAGAAUCAACUCUUCACCUGGUUCUUCGUCUCCGUGGUGGCUUUUGAGAAUUUAGUGUUGUGGCUCUUGGAACUAUUGAAAAAUGUUUUUAAACUUGUGUGAUUUGCGUUGAUGUUCGCUUGUUUUUAUCCUGUUUGAACAGUCGUUUCUUUAAUAAAUUUAGCUUGGCUUGAAUCAAUC